AUGUCUGAUAUUCAUACUGUUCAACUACAUUCUAUUGCAUUAUUCAAUCUUUCAGAUCAUAUAACACGACGUGAGAAAAGCAAAUUCGGCGUCUUACUAGGAACAACUGAUAAGGCUACUAUCACAGUGACUACAUCGUUUGAAUUGUUAUUCGAUAAUGACUUAGAUAUAAACACAGAGUUCUUGAAGAAGAGAUUGGACCAGUUUAAGGCUGUUCUCCCUCAAUAUUCCAUGGUAGGGUUCUACCAAUUAAUUAACGAUCGAGUUCCUAAUUCUGCUACAAUGUCUGUUUUGAACCAACUACAGGUCUUUCAAAGGCUUAUAUCCACACACGAGAUGCCAAUAGUGUUCACAUUAAUAAAUAUGGGUAGUUUCCAUAAUGCAGAGGAUUAUGAGCCAUUCAAGAGCUUUUUAUCCGAAAAUGAGCCUAUACCACUACGCACAUCAAUAUUGGCAAAUGAAACGGAAAAUAUUGCUACCUCGACUAUAGUGAACCAUCCGAAUUAUUUUUCAUCAGAGAUAUCACGAGAUGUCAAUGACAUCAACAAUGACUUUAAACUAGACAAGUAUAAUGAAGAGUUGUCGGUUUCUGUGACCCAGUUACAUGCGAAGGUUGAGAGCAUCAUAGAAUAUUUGCAACAUAGACCAAGUGGCAGCGACCUAAAAAACCUCGAACAAGAAAUAAAAUUGCACAAUUUAAUUACAUACUUGUCCUCGAAAAUUGUCACAUUUCAGAGAAACCAUAUUUCCGCUGACCAUAAUGAACAGUUGCAGACAACCCAGCUAAGUUUGCUUACAGCUCAAUUAUUAGCAUUAGAUAAUUUAAAGUCACAAAUUGCGAAGAAUAUCAUACGGUUCAGCAUUCAUACCAACUCUCAAAGUAUAGGGCCAAUAAGGCAUUAA